UGAAAUUUCAACCUAACAAAAACGAAAAAAUCUGGUAAUACCAAAAAAUUGUGUUCGAAGUGUCACUGACUCCAUUUUUAAAUUUUCAACCGUCGGUCCAUCAACGUCUAAAGCAAAAAAAAUCUUUGUUGUUCGAUUUUAUUUUUAUAAUUUGUAACUAUGGAAUCACGUUUACCGAAACGGAAAAUCGCCGUCGCUACCAAUGAGAGAGCAAAUAGGAUUGCAGCGAAUCACUUGAAAUUUGGAGAGGCUUUUCCCCGCGUACCACUCGCAACGGUCAACCCAGAUAAUCCUCCACUGUAUCAAUCAGCACGAACAAGAGCAACAUCCCCAGAUCCACGGGCAGGCAGAGUGAACAUCGACCGACACUUAUUGAGACGUAGCCGUUCCAUAAGUGAUUUGACUCACAUCAAAACAGUUCCAUUGAAACGGGGCGCUGCUGGCACACUUGAUUCGAUUCCAGCUAAACUUGCUCGAAUGAAUGUAAUGCCAAAACCGGCGGCAACCAUGAGUCUAGCAAGUAAAUCAUCAUCGCAUGGAUUAGCGUCAAAGGGAACAGCGAGUGCAGUUGCACCGACCACAUCUAAGUCAGCCACUGGUGGAACAUUGUUUAAAAGGCCGGUUACAAGGCCUGCAACGACGAGUGCAUCGGUUGCUGCUAAAAAGAAACCUGCCGCUGGCGCAGCUCCAACCGUAGCUAAAGUUGCAGUGAAACGAAUUCCAUCCUAUGACUACAAGGCCCGAUUCAAUGAUUUGUCGGAAAAGCACGCAGUUCUCAGGGAAAAAUAUGCUCAAGUUGAGUCUAAAGUUGACGAUGCCGAUCGAAUGGAACAAGAAUUGGCCACCUAUCAGGAAGAGGUGACGGAAAUGCGCAGCGAGCUGGAGAGCAUACAGGAUCAACUGUCAACUGAAAGAACUCGCAACAAGGAAAGUGAGAAAACGAUUCGUCUCCUAAAAUCGCAAAUAGAAGCCAAAGAGGCUGAAACGAAGAUGCUAAGCGAAAACAUUGACAAACUAACAGCCGAAAAUGAAGUAAUUCGCCCGAAAUUGGACCAAUUGCAGAAGGUAUACAGUGAAACGGUCGAAGAGCUCGCCGAAUAUAAAGUGAAUGCAAAGAGGUCCGAAGAACUGCUAUUCGAAUCGAAUAUCGCACGUAAGCAGCUGCACAACGAUCUACUGGACCUGAAAGGGAAUAUCCGGGUAUUUUGUCGCGUUAGACCGCCAUUGGAUGUGGAAGGUAACCGUCUUGUGUGCGGAUGGCAGUAUAUCGAUGAAACGUCGCUGGAAAUCAGCACAGUGGACAACGGAAAGAGACUCAAACACGAUUUCUCUUUUGACCAAGUCUUCCAUCCACAGUCGACGCAAAGUGACGUCUUUGAAUUGGUGUCACCGCUUAUACAGUCGGCAUUCGACGGAUACAAUGUUUGCAUCUUUGCCUACGGCCAAACGGGCAGUGGCAAAACGUUCACGAUGGAAGGUACUUCCGCAAAAUUGGGCAUCAUACCGAAUACCGUUGACUUGCUGUUUUCGUCCGUCGAGAAUUACAAACAUUUGGGGUGGACAUACAACAUUAGCGUAACUUUCUUGGAAAUUUACAAUGAGGUGCUGUACGAUCUGCUGAGUAACGAGCAAAAGGAAAUGGAAAUUCGAAUGGUCAAUCCAAAGACACCGCAUGAAAUUUACGUUUCCAAUCUAACGGAAUUUACCGUCGAAAGCUCUGCAGAUUUACGUGAGCUGAUCGAAGUGGCCAAUUCACACCGUGCAACAGCUGCGACUGUCGGCAAUGAGCGAUCGUCAAGGUCCCAUGCCGUCACUCAAAUCAAAUUGACCGGAAUCCAUAAUGGACGGGGUGAAAAAUGCGUAGGCAAAAUAAAUUUGAUUGAUUUGGCUGGUUCCGAAAGUCCAAAAACAAGUAGCCGUAUGGACGAAACGAAAAACAUCAAUCGAUCGCUGAGCGAAUUGACGAAUGUCAUCAUGGCACUGUUGAAUCAAAACGAUCACGUACCGUAUCGCAAUUCAAAGCUGACCCAUUUGUUGAUGCCCAGUCUGGGUGGCAAUUCCAAAACGCUGAUGUUCAUCAAUGUGGCUCCGUUCGAGGAUUGUUUCAAAGAGUCCGUGAAAUCGUUACGAUUUGCAGCAAAUGUCAAUGCAUGUAAAUUGAAUAAGGUUCGAAAGAACAAAAUGUUUGUCGAAUAGAGUUGUUUGUCGCUUCUAUGACCAAAAUUUACUUUUAACGCUUAGUGUUUAUUGAACUGUUUAUUUUUCUUAUUAUCUACUAAUUAAUCUAUUAGACUGACUUGAAAUUGUCAAAUAAAAUGUAACCCAGCAACAAA